GAAGGCAUGCCAUCCUUUUUUAAAAUCAUGUCCUUCCAAAGCUCGAAAACAUGGGCAGCCUUUCUGCGGCAAACACCACCUUUGCCCUCAACCUCUUCAAGAAGCUUAGUGCAAAUGAUCCUUCCAGCAACUUGUUUUUUUCUCCUUUGAGUUUGUCUUCUGCACUGCUAAUGGUCUCGUUGGGUGCCAGAAAUAAUACAGAAGCUCAGUUAUUCAAGGUGCUUUCUGUACUCAACGAUGGAGAGGUUCACCAAAGAUUUGAGAAAGUUAUUUCUGAUAUCAACAAACCAGGUGCUAAUUAUAGCCUCAGUCUAGUCAACCAGCUCUUUGGAGAAACAUCAUAUGAUUUUCUUGCAUCAUUUAUAGAAUCCACUCAGAGAUUCUACCAUGCAGGUCUGGAGAAACUUAACUUCACACAAGCUUCAGAAGAUUCAAGAAGACAUAUAAAUGCCUGGGUAGAAGAAAAAACCUCAGGUAAAAUUCAGGAUCUGCUUGUCCCUGGAAUAAUUGAUUCACUUACAAAACUGGUUUUGGUGAAUGCGAUCUAUUUCAAGGGAAACUGGGCAAAUAAGUUCAACAAAGAUCACACAGAGGAAAAGCCAUUCUGGAUUAACAAGAAAGAAAGGAAAAUAGUGCAGAUGAUGUUCAGGAAAGGAGAAUACAACAUGACCCACAUAUCGGCCUAUCGGAUUUCAAUUCUUGAGAUUCCGUAUAUUGAUAAUGACCUGAGCAUGAUCAUUCUGCUCCCUGAUGAGAUUGAAGAUAACUCUACUGGAUUGGAAAAGCUGGAGAGAGAAAUUACAUAUGAGAAACUCAUGGACUGGAUCAAUCCAGAGAAGAUGUUCCCAAGAAAAAUUGAUCUCUCCUUCCCCAAAUUUAAAUUGGAAGAAAAAUAUGACCUGAAGCCGGUUCUGAGAAGCAUGGGAAUGACGGAUGCAUUUGAUGAGGGCAAGGCAGACUUCUCUGGAAUGUCAACUAACAAUGAUUUAGUCAUAUCUGAAGUUGUUCACAAAUCAUUCAUAGAAGUCAAUGAAGAAGGGACUGAGGCAGCUGCUGCCACUGCUGUAAUAACGGUAUUUAAAAGUGCAAAUGUUGCAGUCGAAUUCAAAGCUGACCAUCCCUUCGUCUUUUCCGUUACCGAUCGAUCUCGAAAGAACAUCCUGUUUUUUGGUAGAUAUAGUUCUCCAUAAUGGGUGCAUCCAUCAUAUGUUGGUACAAUGGCUCUGACCCUUAAUUCCUCAUCAGAUUUGCUUAAACCAUGUGGUCACUACCACACUUAAUGAUCUUCUCUGUAAUUAGGGUAGAGAUAGUUCCUUUGUAAUACUCCAUAAUACUGGAUUUUAAUUCUUUCUUUCCAGGAUAGAAUCAUUUUUAAUAAAUUCAAGAAAAUAAGUUUUUAGGUUUUAGUACAAGUGUUCUGACUGCGGACCGCAGACUUUUUGGCUCAGGUUUUGCCUCUGUGUUAUUAUGCUUCAGCACUUUUAGCCACAGCCCCUCCAUCCCAGUCCCUUCGCCGUGGCCCAUUCGUCGCAGUACAGUUCAUGUUGGGCUUUUGGGCGCAGAGGACAGUUCGAAGCCAGCUAAUUGGUGCAGGGGCUUGGGGGCUUUGGGAGUAGAGCGGGGUCUGAAGUUCAGAGGGAUGCUCUGUCAGUUCGGAGCCUCCCACGGUGGCUGAGAUCAGCGUGGGGGAGGGAUCCAGCCACAAAAGAUGGGGGGAGGGGGCUGUAGAGGUACCCAGGGCUUCUGUCUGUGUACGAUGGGGCUGGGAGAUGGCAAAGGUAUUUCAUUAGUAGCGUUUGGGGUUCUGCCCCUCAUCCCGGCCAAGAGCCACUCGCCUGUCAGUUCAGAGCCUCCCGAGGCUGCCGAGAGCAGCAGGGUGGGGUGGGGAAGGAGGUCUGUAGAGGGCGAGGGAUCCAGCCACAAAAGAGAAGGGGAGGGGGCAGUAGAGAGCGAGGGAUCCAUCAGGUGGGGUUCCCAGACGUUAUUAUAACUAGACGUAGAUUCAGGCUGGAAGGGACCCUGGAGGUCUUCUAGUCCAACCCCCUGCUCUAGCAGGAGACCUUAUAUCAUCUGAGUUAUUUUGGUACCUCUAUCAGAGAAGAAAAUUCCCAGAAAAGGGAAGGAGUUUGCUAGGACAAGGCUAAACAGCCUCAGACGCUUGCUAGGAGAAGGAAGGGUAGGGGUGGAAACUCCCCUACACCCGAUCCUGCCUCCAUGACACUGAACAGGAAGAAAAGAGCAGGGGGGGAGAGAAAGAAAGAAGAAAGAAAAAGAAAGAAAGAAAGAAAGAAAGAAAGAAAGAAAGAGGGACAUUCUUUUCCCCAAACAUCCCUGGGAGGGCUAGAGCCCCAGGUCAGGGUAGACGGUCUUUCCCUGGAAUUCAAUGGGCAGCUUGAAAGGAAUGUGAGUAGAGAAAGAGAAAAGGAUAAGCGAUUGGAAUUAAUGUUGCUCCUCACUCCUCUUCAUUUCCAUCUGUAAGGUCCAAUAAUAAUAUGUUUAAACUCAUAAAUGCCAAACAAGAAAUUUAAACGGAGGCUACACUUCAGAGAAGGUGUAACUCCUUUUUAUACAGUGAGAAAAUAACAUCCUGGCUUCCUAAUUAGAUUUGUAUAUUCCUGCAAAAAGGAUAGAAUACUCCUCAUUAGCCUUAUCAGUCUAAUCUCUUUCCUUUGGCCAUUUGGCCCUCUGGUGUGACGGGAACAGAUCAAAGCUGAGAUAUGUUCUUAGGUAGAAGGGGGAGGCUCUGAUCAAUGGUGAGACAUAUGAUUUGACAAAUACCAGGUACUUCACUCCCAGAAACCUGGGAGAAGCAGAGAGGGAACAAAGAGGUGGGGAUGGGGGUUACAAGAGAGCAGGGCUCUUGGGACAGGUGGGUCUUCAGAAACCAGGAGAAGGAAAACUGACAGAGCCUCCCUCUGAACUGCAGCCCCUGCUUUACUUCCAAAGCCCCUGAGCCCCUGCACCGAUUGGCUGGCUUUGAACUGUCCUCU